AGUUCUCGUGAUCGCCUUGAUUGAAGUGUAUGCCAAACGAUCGCUGACGUGAAACAGUGACGAAGGUCAACCGCGUGUGAAGAUUUUUGGUAAGAUGACGACCAGCGUCCAGUCUGAGUGUUGAUUGCAGUGAAAAGUUUGUGUCAGAGACUCAGUCUCUUGAGUUGAGUCAAGGCGGGUGAAAAGCGUGGAUAAUGAUGGGCGGCCUCAGGAGAGGUUCGCCACUCCUUUAUAGCGCAAGAUGAGCGUACGCAGUAGCACCCAAACACGGGCUAUCUUUGGGCUGCAAAGGUCUUGGUGGCCACAUAAAGCUACAAUUGCGCCCAGCGUUCGACGUUUCUGACAUGUCCCGCGCUUUAUUGCCCGACGACAAACGACGACGUCUCUGUGCCUGCUGCAUUCACGCAGACCAUCAGACCAUUGGCGUCUCUAGUGCGCCGUAGGCGCAGCGUCGUUGCCGAAAUGUCAACAGCGUGUACGUCUUUUCCCGACACGGCGUUCCAUCCAAUCAGGGCAAAUGGAGUUCGCCAGACUCUUGCCACCUUGAUCUUCGCGUAGACCUUGGCAGCGCCGUCGGGAGCGCGGUCGGGAGCGGAAUUUGGACCAAAAGACGACAUUUGAUCGGAAUUUGCGGGCGGCAAUGAAGAGUACCAGCAUCGAGGACGAUGUGACUGCCUUUUGAAUGGAAGAAUGCGAGCAAAGUGGCAAGCUUUCUGUCACGAUGUGGCGAGCUCAGACCGUUUGCAAAAGAUAGAUCAGUGGCGCAAGAUACAUUUCUCGCCGCAGGUGAUUCGCCACAAGCAGACAGGCGUGGGCGCUGGCUGCAUCUACGAGAGGCGUUGGGCACGAGAGGGACGGUGCAGCAAAGCCAGGGGGUCACACGACCAUGGCAUCAAUGCGAAUGCAUCCUUGAUUGGCGAUGCUCCUAUGCUAGCCACUUCUGCACCGCGAGCCAUUUCAGCGUGGGAGCCUAUCGCCAAUUCGACGAUCGAUCAGGACCAAGGGAGCUAGCUGCUGCUUGGGGGCCAAUGUCUUGCUCGACGCGGCCAAUGAUUUCGACGUUGUUAUUGGGCUCCACGCAGCUUCAUCCAGCCGCGAGAGGUAGGCUUGGAGCGCGGCUUGAAU